CCAGCCCAUCCACCAACUUGAAAGACAACAUUUCCCAUGUUUCCUUUCUCUUUUCUUAUCAGCCACAACAGUUGCAACUAGUGAACUAGUAGAAGGAAAGUUCGUCUCUGCACCGAAGAUUUUCUGCAGUAAAGUUUCAAAUUCAUAGAUCAGAGAGUUGCGCAGUAAAGGCGCAAACUUUUUCGAUCACAAACUUUCCUGAAGUUUGUAGGUCGUCUGCUCGUUAGGACAUUCUUCGGGGGAUUGCAAAAGGGGGUUUACCAAGAUUAGUCUCUUUAUGCUUUUUCACGUGAAAGAGCCUUUAUAAAGGCGUCAUUUUGUUGGAGACGGUGCUGGGCUACACAACCGGAAUAAGGACUUGUCUUUUUUUGUGCAAAGUGUAAUUUGUGCAUUUCAACAUGGCAGCGUAUACAUUACCGGAGGGAUUCACGGAGUUUGAUAUGUUUACAUUUGGCACAGCGCUUCUUGUUGGGGGCCUGCUUGGAUUCUUCCUCAAUGCCAUCAGCAUCCUGUCUUUCCUCACAGUGAAGGAGAUGCGGACUCCCAGUAACUUCUUUGUGUUCAAUCUUGCUGUGGCUGACAUCUUUCUGAAUAUUAAUGGACUCACAGCUGCCUAUGCGAGCUACCUCAGAUAUUGGCCAUUCGGUCAAGAUGGAUGUGGCUAUCACGGUUUCCAGGGGAUGAUAGCUGUCCUGGCCUCCAUCAGUUUCAUGGCUACCAUCGCUUGGGACAGAUAUCACCAGUACUGCACCAGACAGAAGCUUUUCUGGAGCACAACUCUGACAAUGAGCAGCAUAAUCUGGAUUCUUUCCAUCUUCUGGGCUGCUGUUCCUCUAAUGGGAUGGGGCGUCUAUGACUUUGAGCCCAUGAGGACUUGCUGCACGCUGGACUACACCAGAGGGGACAGGGACUAUGUGACCUACAUGCUAACCCUGGUGCUGCUGUACCUGAUGUUCCCAGCUUUCACCAUGCUGUCAUGUUACGAUGCCAUCCACAAACACUUCAAGAAGAUCCAUCACUACAGGUUUAACACCAGUUUGCCCUUGAGGGUCAUGCUGAUGUGCUGGGGCCCCUAUGUCCUCAUGUGCAUCUACGCCUGCUUCGAGAAUGUGAAGGUCGUGUCUCCAAAGCUGCGAAUGGUGCUUCCAGUUGUUGCAAAGACAAAUCCUAUCUUCAACGCUCUCCUCUACUCAUUUGGAAAUGAGUUCUACCGAGGUGGCGUGUGGCACUUCCUCACAGGACAAAAGAUUGUUGAUCCCGUUCUUAAGUCAAAAUAAAAGGAAACUCAUAAUCUUCUGUUAAAAAUCCAAGACCAUCAUUUGCUCUUAUGAUAGGUUCUUCUUAUUUCUGGUAGGGUGUGGUAAACUAAACAUCACUGAGCCAUUUAGAAGUCUGUACAGUCUCUACAUUUGGAGCUGCCACUGUAGCCUUACGUUGGAUCUGUGUUAAUUUAUCUAUUUUCAAAUUAUUGCAUUCUUUCUACAGCAAUGUGUCUUUAACCUUCCCUGCUCCUCCGUCUCUGUUAAACAACUAACAAUAAAAACAUUGUGUUGCUGC